AUGGCUACUAAAAAUUGGGUUGCAGAUAGAGUUAUUGAGUGGCUUAGAAAUGAGGGUGAAGUGGCACCAUCUGAAUUAAGAAGAAGACUAGUGGAAAAAUAUCACGUGGCCUUGCCUUACCAUAGAGUGCGGAGGGGAAAGGAGAUUGCAAUGUCUAUUAUUCAUGGUUGUUGGGACAACUCUUAUUCGAAGAUGAUGGCAUUCAAAGAAGAGUUGGUUAGAAGAAACCAUGGCACUAUGGUGAAAAUUGAUAGGAUUCAACAACAUGAUGGAUGGCAUUUUAGAAGAAUAUUUAUUAGCAUUGGUGCUUGCAGUGUGGGCUUCUUGAUUGGGUGUAGGCCUUUCUUGGGCCUAGAUGGAUGUCAUCUAAAAGGCAAGUACAAAGGCGUCAUGCUAGCUGCAACCUCAAUUGAUGGUGCUAACAGAUUAUUUCCAGUGGCCUAUGGGAUUGUAGAGUCAGAAAAUAUUGAAUCAUGGACAUGGUUUCUCAGUGCAUUGUAUGAAGCAAUUGGAAUGCCUAAUGGAUUGGUUUUGGCUUCAAACAGGCAGAAGAGGUUAGAGGAAGCAAUUUCUAAGAUAUAUCCUCUUGCUGAAUACAGGACAUGUGUGAGACAUUUAUACAAGAACUUCAAGAAGAAGUUUGCUGGGAAUAUAUUACAGAAGAUUGUUUGGUCAGCUGCAAAUGCAUUUACUACAACAAGCUACAUUUCUUCUCUAGAAAGUUUGAAAACAAUAAAUAUGAGGGCAUAUGAAUGGUUCUUAGACUUGGAGAAAAGGCGUGAAAUUUGGAGUAGAUCUCAAUUUGGGACUAUUGCCAAGUGUCAUUACAUCACAAACAAUAUCUCUGAAAGCUUCAAUGCAUGGGUUGCAGAUCCAAGACACAGGCCAGUGUUGGAUUUACUUGAUACUGUCAGGCAAAAAAUUAUGGAGAUGAUGGAUAAAAGAAGGACUUUGGCAGCUAGAUGGAAAAGGAAAGUUGUUCCAUUUGUAGUAAAAAAUGUCAAGGAAUCAAGUAUGUGUUUAACUGAAUAUCAUGUCAGAAGAAGCACUGACUAUAAGGCAGAAGUAUCAUAUAAAGACAAGAGAUGUGAAGUGGUACUCAAUGAGAGAAAAUGUACAUGCAGAAGAUGGCAAGUAUCAGGUAUACCAUGUAUGCAUGCCCUUGCUUUUAUCCAUUCCAUCAGAGGAGCAAAGUGGGAAGAUUAUGUUGAUGAUUAUUUUUCAGUAGACAAAUAUAAAGCAACCUAUCAAAUGGAGGUUGCACCUAUGCCUGAUAUUAAUGAAUGGGUCAUUACUGGUGAUGGUGAGUCUUUACUACCACCUAUCUCAAGGAGGCCAGCUGGUAGGCCUAGGAAAAAUAGGAUCAAAGAUUUUGAUGAAGUCAAGAAAGGUAGGCACAAAUGCAAAAGGUGUGGAUCAUUUGGUAAUCAUGCAAAAAAAUGUAAAGAGCCAGAGAAAGAAAGUGAUCCUUCAAUGCAAUCUAUGACUUCAUCAUCUAGUGUUCAACAAGCCUACAGGUAA